AUGAUCAUUCCGGUCCGCUGCUUCACCUGCGGCAACGUCCUAGCGGACAAGUACCUGCUGUACCUCGAUCUCGUGGCGGAAGGAGUGUCGGAGGAGGCCGCGCUAGACGCCUUCAACCUGCAGAGGUUCUGCUGCCGCCGCAUGUUCCUCACACACGUGGACUUCUCGGACUUGCUGCUGAAGUUCAACCCUGCCGACACGAGUGUGAUGAUCCGCUCUGGUGAUCAUUAG